AUGAAAAAAUUUUAGAUAUACCUCUAGAAAUCACCCUUCAUCAUUUUAUACUUACAAUAAAUCCACUUUAUUUAAUAAAUACUCCCAAAUAUUACUUAAUAAUCAUUUUAAGAUCAAUUUGAAGAUUUUUUCAUGUUUUUCAAUGAUCUUCUUAAAUCAUGUCCAUUUCUGAAUCAACUUUUCGAAUAGAUCAUUAUUCAUUAAUUAGUUUUACCCAUCCUUAACUAUUUAUUACUAAAUCAAAAAUCAGAUAUUCAACCUGAAUUUAAUACAGGAUUCUUCCUUAUAUAUCAAAUCAUCAUAAAACUCCCAUUUAAAAAAAUUUUUAUUUAUUUCUCUGAAGAUGUGAUUAAAAAAGAAAGUUUUGACCUUCCUAAAUAUUAUUAUAAAAAACCUGAAAAAUGGGUUUAUGAAAGAUAAAAUUACCUUGAAGAAUUUGAAUAAAUUUAUUUAGAUGAAACUGAUGAAAAAUAAAUUAAUGCUCUUUAGAAUCAAUAAUCAAAUGAUCAUCUUUAAAACAUUUACAAAAGCUAAAUGUUUCAACUCUUAACAGUAUUUUAUUGUUAUUAAUAUUAAAGCCUAGAAAAAAUAGUAUAUUAUCUCUACAAUUAGCUAUUUGGUAGAUAAUACAAAAUAACCAAAAACAAAGGCCAAUUUCCUAAAUUAUUUAAGUAUCUUUUGCUUUUAAAUUAGUUAUUAAAACAUUAAGAUGCAGUUUUUUACUCAAAAAAAGUUAUUGAUUAAAUAAUCUUUUUCUUAAUAAAUGAGGAUAUCAAUAACGAUAUACUCUUAAAUAUUUAUUAUGAAUAUGAGAAUAAAGUUAAAGAGCUAAUAAAUAAUUGUAGAGAAUAGAAAACAUCUUUAGAAGCUCUAGAAGCAAAUUGGGAACUAAUUUAAAAUUUAGACUGGAAGACCUUCAAAAAUUCUUAACCUACAUUUACACUUGAAGAUUUGUAAAACUGGGAAGGAGACAAUGAAUUAGCACAAUUUAAAAUAAUUUAUAUUUGGCUUCUUUUGAAAUGUUUGGUGAUGGACUUUGAUAAAUAAUCACCUAAGAUCUAAUAUAUUGUUAAUUAAGAAAUUUCUUAUUUUAAUAAUGAUUAUUAUUUCCAAAUUGAUGAAAAUAGAACAGUAAAAUAUAAAUCACUAUAUUAGUAUUUAAUUAUUAAUCCAAAUUUAAGAUAUAUAAUUUUAGCAACUACUUGCUCAAAUCCUAAUAAAGGUAAAGUUAGUUUUGCAUAUUUCCUUCCAUCUUUAUCCUGCUCCAAAGAAGAUGACUAUUUAAAAUUUGAGAGUAAUAAACUAGCUAUAAAUCGAAUCAAGCCAUUCAAGGUUCAUAUUCAAAGCUAAUCCAAAGAUGAAAUAUUUUCUAAAAUUUUAGAUUUUAAGAGCGAAACUUUCUAUACUGUUGAUUAACUAGUAAAAUUAAUUUCUUGA